AUGGCUAAUAACCAACUGACAGCACAAAAGGAAUCUGCUUUUCCGAAGUCGCCACAGAUGAGGAGGCGUGAAUGGAGUGGUGUUUCGAGCGGAGGCAGUGGAGCCAAGCUGGGUAGGGGGGGUAGCAUCAGCAGGGGAGGCAGUACAUGUAGUGCGUGUAGCGUCCUUAGCGGAGGUGGUGCAGGUGGUGUAGGUGGGGCAGAUGGUAUCCUCGCCCGAGGCAACUCCACACCGAAGGAGAAAAAAAAAAAAAAAAAAAGUGAUCUCAGGGGAGCUCCUUCGACCCUGUCCACGAGGAAAGCAGGCACGCCGGGUGAGUCGCACAUCGAGGAGGGAGUGAGGACAAGUGUACGGACAAAUCUAUCAACAGGUCUAUUGACAAGUCUAUCGACACAUGUGAAAAGAAAGCAGGGUUCACAGUUGACACGAAGGGAGGUACCCAAGAAGGCGCAAGCGGGUGGGAACAAAUUAGUACCAAUGUCACCACCAAGGCGAGCGCAGAAAAUCCCCUCCCUGUCAACCUGUGCGCACAAGUAUAGGGUGAGCAAGACGUGCAAUCUGAAGAAGAGUUGCGAAAAAAAGAGGAAUACCAGUACCCCUCGAGGUAGUAGCAACUGCAGUGAGCAAGGACAUGGGCUAAUGGAUGAGGAGCAAAAGAGUCGAAUUCAUUACAACCGCCAUGUCCCCAAGGUAGGCGUUCCCUCUGUUGGUGUCUUUCAUCGGGGAGGUGGAGAAAAAAAAACAGGGGAGAAUAUUAAAUCGAUGACGAAAUUAAGAAAAAAAAAAAAUGAACAACAGUUCGGGGGGCAUGAUCAAUUAAAUGAAAAUUUGAAGGACACGAAUGGAGAUGGCGUUACGGGAGAUGGUGUUACGGGAGAUGGUGUUACGGGAGAUGCUUACCCAGGAGGAAGUGGAACUCUCAGCGCAAUUGACGCUGGUGAUGUUCCUAUUGGGGACGAAAUGUACAGCUUCUUCCCAUAUGUGUACAAUCGUGUGGAUAGUGAAGAGAGCAGAGGGAAGGGUACUCUCUAUGGAGGGGUUACUCCCUCUGAGCGCAAGUACCCAGACGGGCAGAUCUGCGCAGGUGUGAAGGAGAGACCAUUCAUCCAUGAGACAGACGUAGGUAGAGAAGAUGCAUCAUUUCAAUUCAGGGGGACAAUUCGUACAAUGGGUUUUUGUAAAAAACAGGUGGGGGUGGAUGACUACCACUGCCAUGGUGACGAUUGUCACGGGGAGGACAACUAUGAUGGGGACAAUUGUCACGGGGGGGACAACUAUGAUGGGGACAAUUAUCAAGGAGAGUACCCACUGAGAGAACAUCUCGCACGAAGUAACCCCAACGAGGAAGACAUGGAUGGAGAGUUCCAUCAUUUAAGGAGCAGAGACACAAAUGGAGAACUCUCCAAUAACUACAUAACGUACAAGCAAUAUGUCUUGAAGAGGAACUCGAAUGGAAGGAGUAGGAUGGAGGAUGAACGCAUCGACUGGGGAGGAAAUUCGGACACGAGUCGUUUUGCAUAUCGGGGAUAUGCCAGUGAUGGUGGAGGGGUUGGAAGGGGAGAGGGAAUUAUUGAAAAUGGUGAUUUUCGCGGAAAUGUGAGUGAAGAUCUGUGUGGCGAUCUGGGUGUUCCCCCCUGGGAAGUUGUAAACAGAGAGGGCGUGUCAGCUGCCAACGAGAUGAAAAGAAAAAUUACUGACAGACGAAAAAAUCAAUUGGAACAAGUCUCCAAAAACGACACACACCAUGUAUCCGCAAUUAACAGCAGUCAGUUGAAGACUGGCUCCUCCGAUAUCGAUGCGUUAGACGAUGUGCACUCAAACUUUGGAGAAUCCUUUACCAUCAAGCACUUGCCAGAAGUACCAAAUGAUGUGGCCAUGGUUUGUAGAAGUGACAAUGUUUCUGUGGGAGAUGAUCAGAAUGCAUACCAUCUGUCCUUAUCUGGUGAACUGACAAUGAAUGAGGGAGGUGGUGAUGCCACGAGAGGAUGUUGCAACUCCUCGGGAGACGACGGGUUGGACAUGUGCAGAGAGGGGAAAAAUCGUUUUGGAAAAGUGAUGAAUCAAAAUGAGCACGUCUAUAAUGAUGGUUCUUACUGUGAUGAGGGUGAUAACUUUGAUAACUCCUCCCAGGAGAAAAAAAAAAAAGAAAAAAAAAAAGAGAAAACUCACAGUCAUACGGAUGAGGUAUUAUCGUCGACACGUGAUGGUAGGUUCUAUCUCUCCAAUGGAAGGGGAGAUACUCUUUCAAUCUCGUCCUAUGGGGUUGCAUCAAAAUGGGUAGGCCUCAUGACUGACUCGGGUAGAUACUUUGGGGAGAACAAAUCUCUGUCCCGAUCGGAUAACUACUUCCGUGGCGUGACAUCGCAGGACGAGUGUGCAGGUGGUGAGGGGGAUGACCUCCUCGGUGACACUACUGUCUGUGUGCACUACCCCUAUUGCGUAAGGGAGGAGGAAAAGGAGAGAAAGGAAUUCCCAAACGAAUAUUCAUUACAGAGGCCCAAUUUUAGUAAUCCCCUUUACAGCCACCAUAGCGAGGCAUCAAUAAUGCACAUAGACAGCCUGGAGGAUGCAUCAGGUUCAUUUGAAAAAAUAAAAAUGGUGAAGGGGGAGAAGUGUGAUGACAACCCCUAUGUCGAUUACAUCAUGGAAUCGAAGAAUACAAUGGAAGAGACUCGCCAGGUGGACGAGGCUUAUUUGGAGAGUGCAUCCUGUGAAGAAUCUUUGGCGGAUUCACACAAGCAGACACACCCAAACCCACACAAGCAGACACACCCAAACCCACACAAGCAGACACACCCAAACCCACACAAGCAGACACACCCAAGCACACACAAGCACACAGACACAGACACAGAGGAGAUGAAGAUUCCGUUUAGGCAAAUCAGACAGGCAGAUAGCCAGUGCACAAAUGAACAUAAGAACAAUCUGGGUGGUCGAGACGAAUCGGAGGAGAGUAACAUCCUUAAGGACGAAAUGCCAAUAAGUUUUUUCCGAGGUAUGUUCACUUCCCAUGGAGAGGAUUCAUUACAUGAGGUAUGCGUCCACAGGGGGAUAAGAACCGGCAUGGAUCAUACGAAGGGUGUGUGGGAAGAUAAGGAGGGCAACAUAAUGAACAACCCAAUUCUAUCUGAACCGUUAGACAAGUAUAAUAAUUCCUCCAAUCAUUACGAAUGUGAUGGAGAGAUGAUGCAGUGUGAUGCUUCAAGAAGAAACACGUACGAAGGUGUUAAGGUGAAUUAUGUGUGCAACUCAUUUGGGGAUCGAGAAGAGGAGGAAAUGCUCAUUGCAUCUGAUCCGUGUUCUUCCUUUGGAGGUGCUCACGUGGAAGGUAGUAACGAUGUACUAGGGGUAGAACCCAGUGAGGAGAUCCCCCACGAUACAGGAGAUGGAUGUAAAGGGGAAGAGAAGUUUGCGGUUGAGUUGUUAUACUCCUCUUCAACGCUUAGGAGUAACACCACGGAAGGGAAAAAUGAUGGUGCGGGUCGUGGUGGUGAUGGUGAUGAGGGUGGUGAUGAUGACAGUGGAGCGGUUCAUGGUGCUAGUAGCGACGCUCUUGGACAGUAUACUCUCGUGGGAAAAACGCAAUCAACACCUCAUUAUUCACCUGAACAUGUUCAUGCGAAAAAGACGAAAAAAAGCAGUUCCUUCAUCUCGGAACACGACAACAGAAAGAAACAAGUAGGGAUGUUCCACAUUUUUAGAAGUCGCAGCGCCCACAUGGUGAAGGAGUCUAAGCGAGACUGUCCAUUUAAGCUAGAUGAGAUUACUCCCAUAUGGAACAACGAAAUGAAUAAGAAGAAGAAGAGUGGAUCGAACGGAUUGGCAAAAAUGAAAGGUAGCAAUUUAUCUGAGCAAAUGUUGAGAGUGGAGGAGGAGCAGCAUGAGGACGGUUCUAUUCGAACGGUCAAAGGGAUCUCCGCGUUAGGUGGGCUGCCUAAAGGAUGUGUCAUCGAUAGUGCAAAAUCUCCAAAUGAGAGUACCGGGAAGAAGAAAAAAAAAAUGUUUAAGAGCAAACUGUUGGAGGGAUUGAAAAGGUUGAUGAGAAAGAGCGGCAGCUCUCAUGAUGAUGAAUCUCAACCAGUGGAGGAAAACGUUAAAAAUGAAAAAAACUGUAUGGAUGGACAGAACGGAGAGAGCCCCCUGGAAGGAGCGCGCAGAAGGAGGCUAAAGAGCUACCACGAGGAGGCUAUUGCGAGUGAAAAUAUUUACAGGAACAGGAGAAGUGCCUCCGCCAGUGGAACAAACACAUGGAAAGAAGAAAUCAGGAGAACAUUAAUUAGCGACCGAAAUGGAGAGAACCCCAUCGCGCAUGAUAAAUGCGCUCUUGACCUAAAGGGAAACCACCAGGCGAGAAGCGAAUCGAUUGGAGGCACACACAUAGGGGGAUUCAUAGGAAAUAUGUACGAGAAGGAAGAGACUAACGGGAAAGAUGAACUCAUAAAUGGGUACCUCCCAUUUAAUCAGGAUAAGAAUAAUAAUGAAGGAAAUGAAGCCUUCAUCCGUCAUGAGGAGAAUACUGUGGACCGUUUUGAAUUCCCUAUGGAUUUAGGGGGUGUUAUUAGCUCCACGUCCAGCUGGAAUGAUAACUUCUCUUCCGAGGGGAACUUCGAUAAUCAUCAAAUUUAUUUCCUUGCGAGAAAGGAGAAGGGAGACGAAUCAACAUUUGAAGGAAUGUCUCGUGUGGAUAACAUCCCCGUGGAGGAUUUAUUUGAAAAGGAAAAUAUGGGGGUGGAAAAUCUAUACGUGUGUAACGAGGAUGAAAAAACAAACUCGCAUUACGGUGAAGACGAUGCUCACUUGAGCAGCGAGGAUGAAGCGGAAAAUGAAGAAGAAGAAAAAAAAAAAAACUGUCCAUCAGGGGAGGAAGUAGAAGUUAUUAGAACGGUAGAUAACGUGGACAGGGGAAAUGCUGCAGGAUUCGAUGAUUCUGUUCAUUCGAAUGAGGAGAUGCAUUCGAAGCAGAGUGAGGAAGUGACAGUACUAACUCCGGAGGUAACAGAUGGAAGGAACACACACGUAGAAAUGUGGAGCGAAGAUUGCAUCGGUUUGAAGCCUCGCCAAGAGAAUGUAAAGUUGACUGGCCAGAAUGAAACCCUUUGUCAAGAGAAUGUAAAGUUGACUGGCCAGAAUGAAACCCUUUGUCAAGAGAAUGCAAAGUUGACUAACCAGAAUGAAACUCUCUGUCAAGAGAAUGCAAAGUUGACUGGCCAGAAUGAAACCCUUUGUCAAGAGAAUGUAAAGUUGACUGGCCAGAAUGAAACCCUCUGUCAAGAGAAUGCAAAGUUGACCGAUCAGAAUGAAACUCUCUGUCAAGAGAAUGUAAAGUUGACUAACCAGAAUGAAACUCUCUGUCAAGAGAAUGCAAAGUUGACCGAUCAGAAUGAAACUCUCUGUCAAGAGAAUGCAAAGUUGACCGAUCAGAAUGAAACCCUCUGUCAAGAGAAUGCAAAGUUGACCGAUCAGAAUGAAACCCUCUGUCAAGAGAAUGCAAAGUUGACCGAUCAGAAUGAAGCCCUCUGUCAAGAGAAUGUAAAAUUGACUGGCCAUAAUGAAACCCUUUGUCAAGAGAAUGCUAAGUUGACUGGCCAGAAUGAAACCCUCUCUCAAGAGAAUGUAAAGUUGACUGGCCAGAAUGAAACCCUCUCUCAAGAGAAUGUAAAAUUGACUGGCCAUAAUGAAACCCUCUCUCAAGAGAAUGCAAAGUUGGUUUCUGAAAAUGAAGCGCUCAAUAACUCGAACGCUAAGCUGAGGAGCGAAAUGGAACAGCUAAAAGGAGAUCUGGAAAAACAUCGGAGGGAAAACGGGCAGCUGCAGGAGGAAGUGGUCCAACUUCGUAGCGACCUGGAGGAGGCGAAGGAGGCUCGCAACGUGGAGCUAAACUUAAAAUUAAAUCUGCAGAGACAGGAGGAAGAACUGCGAAGGAAGUGCGAGAUGGUCGAAAAGGACAAGGAAGCCCUAAGAACGGAAAAAAUGAACAACGUACUUAAGAUAAACCAAUUAAAGGAGGAGUUGAGGAGUCAAGGUAAAUCUAUGAAGGAGUUAAGGAAGGAGUUAAAGGAGAAGGAGGAAGAAAUAAUAAUUCGCAGGGGAGAGGUAACCACGAUGGAGAAAACAUUAAACGAGACGAAAGAGAAAGUGGAACAACUGAACAAUCAGAUUGAAGAGCACGUGAAAAAUGAAAAAACGAAUCCAAGGGAAGUAGACAUGUUGGAGGAAGAGAAGAAACUGCCUCUUGAAGAACACCAACUUUUAUGCGACGAGAUUGAUACACUAGGAAUGGACGAGCUUAAGGAAAGGUGCAAACGCUUGGCAUGGCGGUGUACGAAACUGUCUUUGAAACUCAAAAUAUGCGCUAAUGGCAGUGUAGAAGUUUCCCCCAAUUUAGGGAUUCACACAAGGAAUGGAGAGCAAGAUGAAGAGAUUAUCAACAGGCAAAGUGACUCUCCACAGUGUGAUGGUAAAGAUGCAGUUUCUAUGGUAGACUAUACAUAUGAUUCGUCGGAUAAAAUUGUCGGGAAGGAGCUGAUGGUUAACUCAAACGAUGGAUGUACUUGCACUUAUAAGGAGAUCCUACUGAGGAUAUUAGAAAUUGUUAAACACGUAGAUGCAGUUAGAACAAAACUUUGCCGCUUGAAGAGGAAGAGUAGUGAUUUCUGGGGGGAUAGUGCAGAUUAUUCCGAUUGUCUCGUUUGGCUGAACUCAAUUUCUUCGAACAUUCUUUUUAUCAAUAGGAAUGUUUCGAUGAUGGAGGAGGUGGCCAGGGUGAACCCUCAGGAGUGCGUCCAACCGGAUGGGCAAACAGGUGCACAAGCAGGUGCACAAACAGAUGCACAAACAGAUGCACAAACAGGUGCACAAACAGGUGCAGAAACAGAUGCACAAACAGAUGCACAACCAGAUGGUCAAAUGGAUGUUCAGGGGGACGAGGAACAGAGUGAUCUACUUAAUCCUCUCCGAGAUAAUGCUGAGAUCACCGCUUCAGCGGAUAAAGCACUCCUCUGUACGCAACUGCUUAAUGAAAAAUUCCAGAAGGGAAAGAAUCUCCCACAAGGAAUUAAAUUGAAUUUUGAAGAAGGGGCCAUCUCCCCCGAGAGGUACACUUUUGGCGAUGAAAAAUCGGAAGAUGCAAAUCACCUGACAUGUUCAGAAAAUUUUGUCACUUUUUUUGAAAUUUGUUUUUCAAGCGAUUUGUUUCUGAUUCUGUGUCAUGUGUGCAGGGGUGUCCUCGAGAUGAGCACGUGGGCGAGAAAGGGAGAGGAAGAAAACUUCCUUUGGGGGGUGCACAACUUGGUUAACUGCGUAGUUCAAAUGGAGAAUCUGUGCAUUGAUGGAGAUGAUCGUGGAGAAGAGCUUCAUGCGCCCUCUAGUGCCCCUGCCAACGGGCUGUUUCAUGUACUGAGAAGACAUCUACAGAGAUUAGUUCAUCUGAUGAAGGAAGUCAACUGGAGGAAGCGGACGCACGAAGUGAUGCAUGCAUUGCGGAACCUCAGAAUUGUGGUGCGACUUGUUUUAGAAGCCUUUUUAAAUUUCCAUGGACUCCGUUUUACCCUUUUUAAGGCAGAUAGGCCGAAGGGGAAUCUGCUCGAUCCAGAUGAUGACUCACACAAAGAGUUUAGUAAGACACUGAUGGGAGGAUGGAGGUACUCGAAGGACACUUCACACCAGUUGUUGAGUCCCCUGUGGAGAGUGGAAUCAUUGCACAGAAGGAAUAUGAAUGUGGGAUCCAAGUUCCGGAAAACUCACAACAAAGGAGAGGUGCUCCGUAGUGAUACCAACAUGGAGGAAGAUAUGGAUGAGGUAAAUUUGGAUGAUCUUGCCAAGGGGAUCGUAGAGCACAACUACAACGCACACCUCGUUCCGUGUCUGAUUGCUUACCAUGCGGAUGAGGUUAUCCUUGAGAGAUCCCUCGAAGAAGGCGGCAUCGAUAGAGCCACCGACAACGACACUCACACGAAGGACGAGUUUGCCACCCAGAUGAACUACUACGCCAUGGACAUCUUUAGAAGAAUAUCAGAACGCAUGAAGUGGAAUGAGCUAAUCAUUAGUGGUGAUUCCUUCGCAACCUAUUUCGACGAGGGUGGUCUAAAGUCCAAGUUGAGAGACAACUUCGUCAUGCAUAAAAAUACAAAAAUAAAUAUCGACACGGUGUAUGAGCAUCUGGGGGUUCUCCUCCGUCGAAAUAUUCCUAUACGUAGAUGCGAUGGCCUCUUGGGUGAGUACUUUAAAAAUGCACGUUCAUCAGUUUUGCAGCAAUGCCUCAGUUGCAGGGCCAGUUGUGGGAUAACCCCCCACAUGAACAGGACCUUAGGAAGUGCUUGUCUCUCCUCGAGUGUACCACCUGGCAAUCAGCUCAGUCGCGAUAACGGGGUUCAAGUAAAAAGCGCAUCGUUCAGUGGAAAGGGUGAAAUACGAAUACAUGGGAGGGGUCCACAUUUUAUAGACAUGCCCUCCCCCUUGAAGGAGUCACGAAGUAAACAAAAAAACAUCUGUGAUGACGAGGGGGGUUCGGAGUACCCACUCAUACGUCUAGACAACGAGUGCGUAAGUGCUCUCUUUCAUAUGUGGCAUGCGAUGGAAAAAAAUUUUUUUUUUAAGAUUGGCAAAAAGGGAGAAGAGGGAACUGUGGAGGGAAACCCACUUGCUUGUGUACAAGGUGAAGCACCCCAGCAUGGGGAUGCUAACGAAGUCAAACCUUACAAAGGGGACCAUACAUCAACGAUGGAUACUUACCUGCGCUCCAUGAUAUAUGAUAGCUUCCAAUGCACUGAUGGAAAUAAACAGAUAGGGGUGAAUAACUUCAUUUUUUUGUUGAAGCAGUUGGGCAUACAAGUACGCGACAGUAACUUACAUUCCUUGUGGUGCAUCAUGACUGGAAACAAGGAUGUUAACAGAGCAAUGAAGGAAACCAUUCCAGUUUCAACCUUCGUGAAGAAGGCCUAUUCGACAAAUCCCUCACUCGUUUUUUACGAGCACUGUAAGACCAAGGUGAAGUUGAGGGUGGCUGAACAGAAUUUGAGGCAUUUGCGUCGGUACAAUAAGAAGCUCUUGUUGCUAGUGAAUAGGAACCAACAGGCGAAGGAACUGCGCUCUGACGGUUGGGGCAUAACUUACGCGGUGUGA